GUGUCCUGGAUGCGUAGGAGAGAUCUACACAUCCUCACGUCCUCCAUUCACGCGUACACGGGGGACGACAGAUUCUCGGUGAAGCAUCCGGAACCAUCCAACGAGUGGACGCUGAAAAUCGAGUUCGUCCAACAGCGCGACGCAGGGGUUUACGAAUGCCAGGUUAACACCGACCCCAAAAUGAAUUUAGCCUUCGAGUUGAGAGUCGAAGCCGCGCAGGCGAUGAUCCCGGGUCCCGAGGACGUCUACGUGAUGAAGGGCAGCAUGAUAAGCCUCACGUGCACCGUUAAUGUGCAAAGUACACCGCCCAGCAGCGUUUCGUGGCAUCACGGAGGAUCCGUGGUGGAUUUCGACAGUCCCAGGGGCGGUGUUUCCUUGGAGACGGAGAAGACGGAGAGCGGCACGACGAGCAAGCUUCUGGUGACACAGGCCAGAUUGACCGACAGCGGAAAUUACACCUGCAUUCCGAGCAACGCGAAUCCGGCGAGCGUAAUGGUCCACGUGCUGAAUGGCGAGCACCCGGCGGCCAUGCAACACGGCGGAAGCUGCGGCGUGGCGCCGACCAUCCUCCUGGCGACCGUGACGCUGUUAAUCGCGAACCUGCUAAGGUGAGCAGUGUCGUCGUGAACCGUGGCGACUUCGAAAAACGACGGGGAAUGAAACGAGAGCGGAACGGAGGAGGAAACGGGGGUCGAACGGAGCGAGGCGGGGCUCUCUCUCGUCGGAGCGGGGACGGUGCACGCCGCGCGGAGGCGUUCCUUUGGCCUGCGGAUCGGAAUUAACGGCGAGGAAACGAAAACAAAGAAGGCGGGACACCGUGCUGUCGGACCAGGAACGAAUCAAUCCGAUAUUCGCGAGCGUGAAACGCGGACACAGUGAACAGUGGAUCGUCGGAGGAUCUUAGGACGAGAUCGUUCGCGAUCGUGCGUGAGUUUCGUCGUUCCUCGUUUUCCCUGGCUGGAAACCGACGAUUCGAAUCGAUCGACGAACUGCAGCGGGAACGUCGGGGACACGCGACGAACGGGAGUAACGGAAGUGAACCGAGCCUCGUCGGUUCGGGCUGUCUGUAAGUCGGGGACCGUUCGACGCGCGCUAGACGAUAUUUAUGGUUGAACGGUGUCGCGUAGCUAGAAAAUAUGUAAGUCUCUCCACUCAGUCACUCAGUCACUCGAUCAUUCUCUAUCUCUCUAUCUCUAUCCUCUGUCUUCUCUGUUCCUGUAUCAUAAACGAAGCGAAACGGUACUGUACAUACAUACAAAGGAGAGGAAGAACGCUGGAUGAUAGGGUUCGUCGACCUCGUUUGUACAGCGCAACACGUGCGGGAACCGGUGAACGUCGCCGGGUCUGGGCCACGUUUUUGUACGUACAGAGGCGAGGUAAGCUUACCAGUUUUCAUUUUAUCCUGCCACUUCGCGACAUGUUCACGUCGAAGCAGAUUUCUUGAUGAAAUAGGAAGUCGAAGAUUGGAGUUUUUGGUCUUGUUCAAUGGGUAUGGUGAAAUGUUACGUUACUCGAAUGUAUGUUAACACGUUGACUAUCGAGAGGAUUUUGAUUGUUUUAUAUUAAGUCACUGAUUCGUGGCAUAGGUGAAUUGAAUUGGAAGUAACUAUCAAUGAUUUGUGGUUCUUAGGUUACAUUACUAUCUAGCUACUUAAUCUCAGCUAUAACUAUGAUUAGCUACAAUAUAAUAACUGCAUAGUUACUGAACAUUUUUAUUCGUCAAUAAUCUUAUUCCAAUUAUGUUCAAGCAGUUAAGAAACUCUAGUCUCAUUGAAAGGCAAUCAACGUGUUAAACCUCACCGCGAAAUUUCAACGAUAAACGUUCAUUGGCCAUUCAGUAAACGUUUCUCGCGCCUCGGAUAAAUUCGACGGAACCAGGUCUCUUGCCCAGGCCCGAGACGAUCUCGGUUCGCGAGGAGUGUGAUGUCAAAAGCGAAAAACCGAGCCGCGAGUCGGUGGGCAGUUCCACCGAGACGCCGAAGACGUUCGAAGGAAUUCCUCUGUCCCCUGAAAUUCGUGCGGGACGGUUUUCUCAAAGGAUUGUUUCGAAAUUAGGAGGUAUUAGGAUAAUUAUAGUCGCGCUGAUCGUCCUCGAUUUGUUUCUGUUCGUUUGAGGAACGAAGAACCACGGGGGAAACCGUUCGAUCGACCGAUCUUCGCGUUCCUCUCGCUCGCGAGCUCGCGUUUGUCGAUUGUCGUCCGACGUCGCCGUCGGACGCGCGAUCGCGCUCGACGCAUGGUAAUAUGGGCGCAGAGUUGUAUGAACUUGAACGACUUAAUGUAUAGGCUCGUGUCUAGGUAAGGAUUAUGUACGUGUACACUUAAGAGCGGUAAUAGGUAACCGUUGCGUGUCGAUGGGAGCGCGUUGAAAUUGUUUUGGAAGUGGAAGUCGAUGGGAAGCGAUUGAACGUAGAGAAUUUCGUUGCCGAGAGCGUUCGGCUGCCCGCGAAGUGCGCUUAAAUGGGCGAUGCGUGUGGAUCCUUUAGAUUAUCGGGGAAAAAGGGCUCCGGACUUAGGCGGUCGGGAAUAUUCGAUGGAUCGAGUGCAACGCGAUUGGUAUCCGCGGGCUCGAGGCUCGCAAACGCGUAGUUCGUUGGUAACAUUCGUUUAGAAAAGCAAGUUCAGCGAACGGAUCAGAGAGAUUCAUUUGAUCUAUUGGUUGUCGAGUUUAGCUAGGCUUUGGUUUCCUUGAUAAUACUUGGUAAGACGUACUUUAUCGAAUUCAAUAAAUCCUACGCACUCGUCGGGUUCGAGUCCCUUUUCCGAGACUUCUCUCCUAUUUUACGAAUGUACUCUUGCAUCGAACACUUCCCGAGAGGGAAGAGAAAUCCUGUCGCUCUGUCGGUGCUCCCAGCCGAGUCAUCGAAACGGUGCUACCGAGGAAUAUCACUCGAUACGAGUGGUAACACUUGGCAAUUCUGGCUUUAAUGAAACUUUGUUUACAUAGAACGUCUCGAGAAUUAUCGUGGACUGUCGAAACGUUAUUUCGAACUUUACCUUUCUGUAGACUUAACUUUAAUCUUAUCGAUCAUCUGAAAGUCCAUUUAAUAUUGCAAUCUGAUUGAUCUGAGUUGACCUAGAUUUCCAUCGAAUAAAAUGUCGGUUUCUCAGAAUUUCCACAAAACCGCAACGUUUCCUUAAGAGCAGAAUUCCUCCGCGUAACGUUCCUCGCGAGAAUGAUCUUAACUUUCAUUUCCAUCCUCUCUCCGUCGAACCUCGAAUCAUCCACUGCAUCCGAUCGCGGGUGAAGGGCACGACGGCGGCGACUUAAUUAAGUAGAUUUACUACGAUGUAACGUAACCGAGUAAAACGAUAUCAUAACGGCUAGCGUGGUUAAGGUGCGACUUUACUCUUAGGGCUAACUAUAGAUUUUUUAUAAUGUUGUACGACAAACGGGACGGGUUCACGGAACGUGCCGACGACCGGGGGGGGUUGGUAACUCGAACGAUUUGUGUGCGGUAGUCGCGUGAGAGGGAGAGAGAGAGAAAGAACAAAAAAAGCGGACGCGCGGUAUGAGAAAGUUGAUAGAUCCGGCGAUAUUAUUCCUUCUUGUAUAGUUUAUAUACGGUAAUUUAUGUCGUUGUGAGAGGACAAUAUUUCGAAGUUGAUCGCGACGAAACACGACGAAACACGGCACCGUUUUCGAAGAGAACGAAAGAAAAGAGAAAAAAGAGAGAGAAAGCCAAGUCCCGAGAGAGAGACAUGUGUCUGUGCGUGUGUAUGUGUUCGCGUUCGCGUGUCUGUCGUCGAUCGUCGAUCGAUCAUAGGCCGGUUCGUUCGACUGUCGAAUCGAAAUUGGAAUCGCGUGUGAUAUUCAGCGGUGUUCGGUGUACGGACGUUGAUCGAUUAUAAUAUCGUUGGGCCGGAAGAGAACGGGGAAAUGACAAACGAAACGAGAGGGAGAACGUUUAUCGGCGUGAUUUCGUUCGACUUUUAUCGGGAACCUUUGUCUCGACCCCGCCGAGCCUCGUUCCUUCGGAACGGCCGGCGCUCCCGGUUGAUCCAGGUCCGACGUCGCGAACGGAGAUGGACCCGUAUCGCAGCGCUCACGAUGGCCGAACGGAGAACCGAUAAAUCGGCCCCCAGCUUGGAAGCCCCUGAAACGAUAUCGAGGGAACGGCGAACGUCGGUGACGCGCGCGCGGGUA